AUGGCAAUGACGCGGGUGUUCUCGGCUCUGGCGCGGGUGCUUCCUCUGUCCAGAGGCAGUCUACCAGCCCCUGGGCUUGGCGUGGCAUCCUGCAGACGCUUUUACAGAGGUGAUAGCCCCACAGAUUCCCAGAAAGACUUGAUUGAAAUCCCUUUGCCUCCAUGGGAGGAGCGCACUGACGAGAGCAUAGAAACCAAAAGAGCCCGCCUGCUCUAUGAGAGCAGAAAGAGGGGAAUGCUGGAAAACUGCAUCCUCCUCAGCCUCUUUGCUAAGGAGCAUCUGCACCACAUGACAGAGAAGCAGCUGAACCUCUAUGAUCGCCUGAUUAAUGAGCCCAGUAAUGACUGGGAUAUUUACUACUGGGCCACAGAAGCAAAACCAGCCCCAGAGAUCUUUGAAAAUGAAAUCCUGGCACUCCUCAGAGACUUUGCCAAAAACAGAAACAAGGAGCAGAGACUGCGUGCCCCAGAUCUCGAGUACCUCUUUGAAAAGCCACAGUGA